AAUCUAAAUUUAGACCUCAUUGUAAACGGAAAUAAAACUAGAGCCCUAAUCUUUAUCAAAAAAAUACGACGUAAAAUUGCGAACUAAAUUUCUAUUAAAUCCUAACAUGUUUCAAGGUGGAAACCUGUGUAUUACUAAUUCAAUUGUGAUAAGUACUAUAUCGUAGUUGGACGAAGGCGGUCAGAAAUAUGAGUGAACUGUUUAAAAAUGGUAUUUCGUGGUGAAAUACUGGUUAGUUUUAUACUACUGUUGUCUGAGGUCGCAUUAUCCUACGACUAUCAAGUGACAAGGCCGUCAGAUGAUGAAGACACGCAGAGCUCGUUCGCCAAACUCCUGAAUACCAUCGUCAGGGUCAACGAGGAGAGAAUGGAUGCUGUGAGGAAGAUCACACAGCUUCAGGACUACAUGUUCACUAAGAACAAACUGAAAGCUGAUGAUGAUGCCUAUGAUUCGCUUGAGGAAGAGGAUAACAGGGUCUUAUGGGCUUUUGAUGACAUACCAAAACGCCGAAAAUUCGAAGAAAUGACACGAAGGACCUGCGGUAAACUGUUCUUGGAGAACCACUUGCGGCUUUGGAACAGCAAGCUAUUAAAGAAAUCCUGUUUUUCCCCUAAACAGUCGGUGGAGUUUUGUAUAGAGGCUUGCAACACAUCGUUUACAAACGUUUGUGAGAAACUCCAAUGCAACAGUGUCGCGAAACGAGAUUUCCGUACUGAAUGCUACGAUAAUUGCCGGAGCUUGUUUGAAAGUGACGAUGAAUAGCCUAGAUUUUAUUAUAUGUAACUAUUUUGUAACAUGUGUUUUUAUUUCAUACAUAGACUUAACGUAAUAAAUGUGUCAUCUUUUUAUGUCUUUAAAGCAGUAUUUAGUUUUGGUAAAAUACAAACAAACGCACACAAUACAAUGAAAUCACGAAAAAUCGUUUUAUUUCAAAGAUUAUCAAUUUUUCUUGACCAUACAUAACCAAGUAGAUACGACUCAGGAUUUCUUUCUUACGGUACACCGCCAUCUAGUAUCGUCACAUGCAAACUAAUCAGUCAAAGUAUUCAAAUACUAACAGUACGAUGUGUACAUGUUUUAGUUUUAAUGCAGUUGAGUUUUAAC